AUGUCCUACCCCAUGCAUGACAGACCAUGGAAAACAGAUGAUGCCAAUCCCCCAACAACAACAACAACAACGCAUAAUAUCUUAACAACUCCCGAUUUAUUGGCACAACAACGACGCCAGCGGGCUGCGAGUGUCGCUGAGCAUCUCCCGUAUUAUUACGAUGUGGAGUUGGAGUGGGUGCCAACAGCAGUAUUGCGCCGGACAGCCUAUCGAAUGUACCCACGCAUGCGAAGUGCCGUUCAAUGGAUGGAAUCGUAUGGACAACAAUUAGUCGGCUGGUUUGGAUUAGAUGAGAGAGGAUAUGAAGAUGAGAGAGAGCGACGACGUGAACAGUAUUAUGCGGAGUUGCAGCGAAUGUACCGCAAGGAAGCCGAGAAGGAUGAUGAGUUGUGUGAGGCCAGAACAAUGGAAAUGAUCCUGUCGAGAGAACAAGAAGGUGAAGAGGAUGAUGUGGAGAGUCGUAUGAGGACAAGUGAUGAAGUAAAGAUUCUGAAUAGGAUGUUAAAUGAUAUGGAAAAGGAUAUGAAUAUGGAUAAAAAUAGUGUUUGUGGAAUCAAAAAUAAUAAUAACAAUAGUAAUGAUAAUAUUCUUAAAGAAAAGUUAGACAGUAAAACUGGUGGUGUGAUGCGGAAGUUUGUAUGUAUGAAUAUACCAUCUGGGUUUCCUAUUGAUGAACUUCCAGAGGAAGUUGUAUGUUGA